AUGGAUACUGAUUGGUGUAUCAUGUGCAAUUCUCAUUGCAAUAUUCCCGGUGCCAUAUAUUGCUCUGAAGAAUGUAAGAUUCAAGACCAUUUGGGUUGUUCCUUUCCCACAUCUCCAAUGAGUUCGUCAUCCUCUUCGUCAUUCUCGACCUCCGCUAUAUAUUCUAGCAAACCAAUUUUGACUUCUUCCGCAUGGCUUAUGUCAAAAGUUCAAUUACCUCCUCAACAACAAUCAACUUUAUUUUAUCACCGUGCUCCACUGCCCCGUUACCAUAAAACUGGUGGCUCUUCAAAAGUUUAUGCUAGCACUAGAAAUUUACGCAUUAGGUCUAAGUCUCUUUACGUCCAAUAA